AUGGUCAACGAAAAUGGCCAGGAGAGGAAUCGUAUACAUUAUUUUUCUUUCUUUAAUUUUGAAUGCCUUUUACAUUUAGGUCACAUUACUUCAAAUGUCCUAAAAGCCAUCAACGACUUUCACAGCAAGACCUGCAUACGUUUUGUUCAGUAUCGCGGAUAUCACAGAGACUACAUUGAGUUUUCUAACACCUAUGGAUGUUCAUCUAAGGUUGGAAGGCACUAUGCUCAGCCUGGGAAGCAGGCUAUCUCCAUCGGGGACGGUUGUAAUAAUGUGGGGACAAUUAUUCACGAGCUGAUGCAUACCGUGGGCUUUUUUCACGAACAAUCACGAAGUGACCGAGAUAAGUACGUGAAGAUAUAUUGGGAGAACAUUCUGGAUGGUCAAUCAGACCAGUUUGACAAGUACAGUUGGAGAACGAUCGAUGAAUUGGGCGUGUCUUACGACUAUCAGUCAAUUAUGCACUAUGAUCGACUGGCAUUUACUAAAAACGGCCUACCAACUAUACUAGCUAUUGGGAACGAGAACAUGGAGUUCAAGAGUCCGGAUUUCAAGCUCAGUACGAGAGACGCAGUGGAAAUAAACGCUUUGUACGACUGUCACAAAACUCAGUCGUAUGGCUGGUCAUCAUGGUCGGGAUGGACACCCUGUGAUGACAAUUGUUUUCGUACCCGUGAGAGAUAUUGCUACAAUUCAGGGAACUUGCAAUCGUGCGGUGGGAACGUAAAUGUAUACGGGGUGGAAGCUGAAAAGCAGAAGUGUCCCUCGUCGAUAUGUCCAGUUCCCGUUGAUGGGCACUGGGGUCGCUGGUCGGAUUGGCGACCAUGCAGCAAGACAUGUAAUGAUGGAGUUAGGACAAGAUUCCGAAAGUGCAAUAAUCCACUGCCUGGUCAGGGCGGGAAAUAUUGUGUAGGCAGUUCAACGGGUGAAGAGCCUUGUAUCUUAAAGAGAUGCCACCUUGACAAAGACGAUGUUGACUUCGAAAAUUUCCGUCUUGGGAUGUGGAAGAAUUCGAAUAUAGAUAAGUUGAACUGGGGAUUUAACAGUGGGUACACUCAAACUGCGGAAACAGGUCCCAGUACAGAUCACACAAAUGGUCGAGGAUAUUACCUAUACGUGGAAUCGUCGGGAACCACAUCUGGUCAAACAGCAGACCUAGUGAGCCCGUGGAUAGCAGCGAAGAGCGGAGGAGAGUGUCUGAAGUUGUACUACACCAUGUACGGUAAAACAAUGGGUAGCCUGGCAAUAAAAAUGGACUUAUCGAAUGGCAAAAGUUGGUUUAUUUUAUACAAAAACGGAAACCAAGGCAUUCAUUGGAAGAAGGGGACCGGCAACAUUGAUGUACCUCUGGGCGUGUCAUACAGGCUCACCAUACAAGGGAAAAUUGGUCAGCCAGGAUACUCAGAUAUUGCAAUUGACGACGUGUACAUCGACCCUGGGUUAUGCGAACGAGAGACUGUGAAUCACCGGCGCAUCUGGAAACCCGAAUAUUUGAGAGAAACAAAGCAACUAGUAAACGAGCAAACAGAUAGAGAAACAGACAGACGAACACAGAGGCAGUCAGACAAAGGCAGUCAGUCAGUCAGUCAGACAGACAACAGACUGACAGACAGGCAAAAUGUAUUAAACGCGGAAGACCGUGUUUGA